GGUUCAGUAAAGGUAGAGGUGUUCAGCUGUUAAAGUGGCGAAAGACAUGAGAACUGAACAUGGACUCUGUCUGAAGUCCUUGAAGGAAACUCUGGCUUUCUAUUGGACUCAAUGCUGCUGAUUUUACAGACGCGUGAUGCUGUGCUUUCUGCUCCUGACGAUCCACUGGAUGACCGUCACUGUAGCGCUACAGUCGACCAGGGAAGAUGACAAAAGGCCGUAUAUUUACCGCUGCCGCUCACCCAACAUGGAGAUCUUCACCUGCUGGUGGCGUCCGAUCGCUAAUCAGGACAACGUCACCUACACGCUCCUGUACACCACGGGUGAGCGCACUCCUCGUGAGUGUCCUGAUUACGUGAGCGGCGGCAUCAACAGCUGCUUCUUCGAUGCCAAACACACUCAGGUCUGGGAGAUGUACUGCAUAAACGUGACGGCACACGCGCACACGGGGCCCAUCACUUCACACUGCGUGGACGUGGUCGAUAUAGUGGAGACCGACCCACCCUCUAACCUGACGUACGUCAUGCUGAACGAGAGCAUCGGUGAAGUCGGCCGCAGUGUUUUAGUGUCCUGGUUGCAUCCGGUGAAGUCUCUAGUGCAUGAGGAACUGAUCAUACUGGUCUACGAGCUGCGCUACAGAAACCUCGCUCAGCCAGACAACUGGAGGGUAAUGGAGCGUUUGCGCGAGCCUCAUGUGGAGUUUUUGGAUCUGCCGGUGGGAAGGUAUGAGUUCAGUGUGCGCUGCCGCUCCACCAGCAACAAACACUGGAGUGUAUGGAGCGAGUCCAUCUUCGUCACCAUCAGCGGCAGUGCUUUGUCCGAUCGGAUGUUGGCCUUGAUCCUUGUGACCGGCAUCGCCAUCAUGAUCUUUGUCUUCAUCAGUUUGGGGAACAUCCCACGAGGCAAGAGCAGGAUUAAAUCAUUCCUCCUGCCAGCGAUCCCCAAACCGCGCAUCCCAGGGCUUGAACCCGCUCUGCUGAAGAAGGGGAAGAUUGAUGAGAUCGAUCAGCAUUUCUCCAGUUUUCACGGCUAUAAGUCGCCCCAGUACUGCACGGAGACGUGGUACCAGGUGAGUGUGGACACGAGUCCGGCUGUGACGCCCAGCAGCAUCCAGUCUGACGGUAUACAGGAGGAUGUGCUGAUCACGCCAAUCACACCGAUUGUGCCGAUCGGGCCAAUCACGCAGUACGUCACCUGCCCCGACGGACAACAGUCUGUUCAGACCAGCUGCACUCCUAUGCCUUAUGUCCACGGCCCCGCCCCCUACUGUGAGGAAGACACGCCCCCUCCAGACCCUGGCCCCGUCCACCCGGAGCUCGUGUCUGUCCCAGGAAUGGACUACAGCAUGAUUCUAAACCCCGUCCCCUACUGUGUGGAAGACACGCCCCCUCCAGACCCUGGCCCCAUCCACCCGGAGCUCGUGUCUGUCCCAGGAAUGGACUACGGCAUGAUUCUAAACCCCGUCCCCUACUGUGUGGAAGACACACCCCCUCCAGACCCUGGCCCUAUCCACCAGGAGCUCGUUUCUGUCCCAGGCAUGGACUACAGCAUGAUUAUAAGCCCCGCCCCCUACUGUAAGGAAGACACACCCCCUCCAAACCCUGGCCCCGCCCACCCGGAGCUCGUGUCUGUCCCAGGCAUGGACUACAGCAUGAUUCUAAGCCCCACCCCCGCGCCGCCGCCCACUCAGGACUUCUACAUGUGUGUGAACGGCGUGACACCCGCCGGUGCUCUGCAUCUGGUGCCCUGCCUGCAGCUCCAUGAAGGAGCGGAUGACGAAACCGACAAGAGCCACCAGCUGGCAGCGCUGCUGGAGAAGCAGAUGGAGGCGCUGUUGAGCACGAUCGAGUCAGACCCGAGCGAUGCUGGUGUCACCCAGCCGGCAGCUCUACAGAUGUCUGCUAUCGAGACGCCCCGUGUCAAAGCCCAGGAGGAAGCCACAGCUCUUUUAGAAUGUGCUCUCACUCCAAGGGGGCACGUUGACCUGAAGCCCCAACCGGCUGAGGUGGCUGAGUACCACGUCCCUGUGUUCACACAACUGAGCUCGGGACUGGGCCAAUAUGAGCCAGUCGUCGAGGUAGUUGAGAAUGUGAAUGCCUGCUACCCUCAAGGGAACGAGGGCUGCCUCCACAACCUUGGUGAAGACACGAGGCGACAGGGAUAG